AAUUUUUUUUUUUUGCCAAGCCACCCCUAUCAAGCGCAAAGCAUUUUGGGCUAGAAAAGGAAAAUACACUUAAAACAGUGCGUUGCCAUCAUUGUCUCAUUCAUUUUAAUUUUUUUAUUAAAAAGUGUCAAUAAAUAAUCCAAAAUUUUGGGAGUUACUUGAAAUAGAUUUUAACUUAGUUUGUUUGCAUACAAACCUUUGGAAUAAUAACAAAAUAUAAUAUAUAACACAGGACUUUUUAUACAAUGGCCUCUAUAAAUACGUACAUUCCGAGCCUCCACUGACACUGUUGACGUAAGACUCAUCUGGAGUGUGAAAUGGGUCAUUAGCUCUUUAGUUGCCAUAUGUUCUCGAUAUUUCAUCAUUAAGCAAUGACAUGGACUGGUAGCUUGAGCUAAACAACUACACAGGAUUAACACAAGACAGAAAAUAAUGCCAAAAAGCAGAUUUGUCAUUCACUUUUAUUUCUCCCUUUUCCAGUUAAUUAAAUAAAAUUACCGGUACAACAUAUUUAUGGCUGACGGCUAAAAUGACUAUCUACCAUAUAAUGUAUUUUACUAAACUCAACCUUUCUUUUACAUCUUGGUAACCAUACUCCUUGAGCUAAACUAUAUUCCUUGUCCUUAAUAAUUCAGCAGACUGUAAUAUAAUACAUGCGUGCUCAUGGAGGUCCAAACAUAAGCACAGCAUGGCCUCCAUGGUCAUGAAAGACCCUAUUUUAAUGAGAGACGGUGAAGCAGUAAAAGUGGGAAUUGUACUAAAUGCAAUACCAGGUCAAGAGUAUGUCUUCAUUCAUAAGGAUGGGCAAAGUUUGGACUACAUAUCAAAAGAUGAGCAACUACAGUGCUUGUCGUUCGACCAAGCUGUGACUGUGGAAAACAUGCAGAAGUUUCACGGGGAGUUGCUGCAGCCGCUCACUGAUUGCACAUGUGAAGGUUACAGCGUGUCACUGCUCAUAUGCGGAGCAUCCAUGGAGAGCGUUGGCACUCAGAUUGACGAUGUUAUUGUGCAACAGGUGUUGACAUAUGUCUUCGGUCAUGUGAUGCCACCUGUGAAAGAUGAGCUGUUUGUCUCUGUUUCCUACCUUCAGGUUUGUUUGUUUGUUUGUUUUUGUGUGACACCAGAAAAGAAAACACAUUGUGGACAAGUUGUUUUGUCACCCCCCCAGUUUCAUCCAGAUGGUAGUGUGGAUGAUCUCUUGAACCCUGAUACACAAACUCUCGAACUUGUCCCUCAUCCAGUCCUGGGAAGUGUUAUCAGAGGUUUGGGCGAGGUGUGCGUAGACUCUGCAAAGGAAGCCUACACGCUCUAUGAAACAUGCAGGGAAGCACAAAAGGCCAAAGAAGAGUUCAUUUCGACAAGAUGUAGCUGGCUUUUCACAGUGGCGGUGGAGUGGAAACUCCAAGAGGAUGAAGUGGCCUUUCAGCUCUGUAGCAGCAGACUGCGUGUGUUUGGUCUGGUGGGAGGAGCCAAUUGGACAACCCUGAUGGGCGUCAACCCGCUGCUGAAGGUUAUGGAUCAAAUCCCAAGUGAAGCCAACAAAACCGACCCACUCUUGCAUUGCCUUCUCAACGACGCUCUUAGAGGAAAUAACAGGACAGCGCUCAUCUACUUUAUCCAACCUCGAGGCGAUUUAGAUGAUGAGACGCCAUCUGCUUUAGCUUUGGCCCAAAAAGUGAAGCGGUUAGUGACAAGGGCCUCCCGAUUUUGCUGGAGCCCAGAGAAAAGGGAGCAAGAGAUCCGAGGUCAUAUUGUGGAGCUGAGACAUGCGAUGAUGUCAGACGCGGCUGAUGGGACGUGUAACAUCCACAGGCUGGCUGAGCUCAUCCGAAGCCUGCAGAUCGUGAAAGAGCAGUCGUGGCAGAAGAAAAGGGAAGCGUCAAAGAGGAUUAAACUUAAGCUAUGCGGAUCCCAAAAGAGCCAAAUACAUGGUGACUUAUCUGGAGGUCACAACAUCAAUCACAAAGAGAGUUCAGACGCCGUGAAGAGCUUGCAGAAAGAGUUGAGGCAGGCAAUGGAAGCACACGUAAGAGAGACAGGGGGUGUGGAGAAAGUCCAGGAGAGCAUAUCGAGGAUUAUGCAGUUGAUGGAGGCUCUCAGAGAUGAACCGAUAAAAAACAUUCCUGCAGAAAAAUGUGACCUCUGUCUACAAGUAACGCCCUUCAUCUCCUUUGUGCCCUUUGUGCCCUUAUCAUUUUAAGCCUAUUUGUAUGCACAAGACUCUCCCACCUUCUUUUUUUUUUAAGUUACCGUUAAAUGAUGAGUAUCAAUUGGAAGACUGCCAUGCACACGAGCGUAGGAGACAACUGAAGGAGCUCAGUGGGAGAUUAAUUCAGCGGGAGGUGGAGAAAAUGGAGAGAGACUUGACGAGCGAGCAGCUUCCAAGCGACGGCCUGCAGAGAGAGCUGCUGGUAAUGAGCAGUGAGAGAUGGGCUCUGGUGCUGCAAAUGGAGGUCCUGCGAGUGGAGGCCCAGCAGGCCCACAAGGACCUGCUGGAGCUGCGUCACAAGCAUCGAAAUGAGCUGCGACAUCUGAGGGAAGAGAGCCUCCAGGUGUUCAAGAGGUUUCAUGAAUUGAGCGAGGAACUGAGGAGGACAUCUGAGGCCAGAUACAGAAGCGUGCUCCUGGAGGCUGUGCACGACGCCAUUUAUCUAUCUGCUCAGAACCACCAGCUGCAUGCUGACAACCAACAACUACGUAAAGGUGGGUUUAGGUCUACACUUGCUCUUCUUACACUGUGCUUUACAGAAAUUGUUCUGUCGUUUGUUUGUUUUUCCCUUUUGCAGCUCUGGGGGAGUUGAAGGAUACGCUAACCAAGUAAGGUGAACACAGGGCUUGUGCAAUACCUGGUGUGUAAUACCUCCCGAAAAUAAAAGAUGUCAGUGUAUGAUAAUUCACUGGACCUUAUGAUUAUAAAUAAGCGAGACAACUUGGCAUGUGACAUUUAUUUGCAUCAUUUGUCACUCAAACCAUAGGGGAAUCAUGCAUGAAACUUAUAAAACAUGAAAAUGAUGCCAUAUGCGCACUGGACAAUUCAUUAGGUAUAUGCAACUUGAGGCUAUUACUGUGGUGGUCAUUGACAGUGUUGUUCAAGUAAUUAAAUGCAAUCAUCCAACCAUUUUCUGUAGCACCUGUCCACUUUAUAGUCGUGGAUGAUCUCGAGGCUGCCCCAACUGACUUUGGACAAAAGGUACAAAGUCAGGUCGGGUAGGCUCCAACUCACCCCGUGACCCUAAUCAGGACGGGCACGAUAUAAAAAUGGAUGGAUGGCUUACACAGUGCUAUCUAAGGGCAGGCAGUAUAUUCUCUUACCUUAGAUAUGCGUAAUCUGUACAUAAUUGUCCAGCGAGUGUGGAAGUAACAAUUGCAAUGAUUUGUCAAGGAGAAGUUUAGUUUUCAUGUUAUUACACACAGAAACGU